CCCAAUUCCCAACACAAACAGGAGAUUCCGGACGCUAAUCUCUGUUUGGAUAAAAGUCUAGUUUGAAACAUAUCUAGCAAAAGUUAGAAUGGCCGACGAACCAAGGUGCGUUCCAAGAACUGUAGUAGCAGAUGAAUGCUCUGUUGUUAAUAGAUCGUGUUUCUGUGCCAUGGUCGAAAAUCCGAUACGGAGCCACUACCUUGUGCGAUGAUUAAUUGGGGGGACGAGAAUGGUCGUCUUGCUGCAAUCCCUUCCCACGAACGUAUUUGGAAUUUGCAAUGGGGCCGUCUUCGGGAAGGACUUUUCUUGAAAUACUUUUAGAAGAUAGUAUUUCAGGGCGAUGUUUUGGAAGUGGAAGCAGAUGUGCCGCUUUGUUACCAAUAUUUUGGCACUUGCCUCCCGCAUUUAUUUCUCACACAAUUAUUUUUGCACUUCAUAUUCUUCCCUUCACAUUGCAGUGAACCCCCAGCCGACACCACUCCCGACGCGAGCGAUGAUGCUCCUGGUGGAUUGACCGAUGCCGACAUCUCGUCCAACUGGGACGAGGUUAUCGAAUCCUUCGAUGGCAUGGAGCUUCCCGAGGCACUCCUUCGUGGUAUUUACUCCUACGGUUUCGAAAAACCUUCUGCCAUCCAGCAGCGUGCCAUCAGACCCGCCAUUUCGGGCAGAGACUUGAUUGCUCAAGCUCAAUCCGGUACCGUAAGUUUUAUUUACUGCACGAAAAUAAGCCUUCUGGCCUUCUUCCAUGGUUGACUUUUUCGCGCUUUAGUCAAUUGGCAAGCUUGCACGCAGAAGGAUUCAGGGAUGACGACUUUCUAGUUAAACACCAUCUUUCGAGUCUGAAUAAGAGUCACCCUCUAAGUGUCUGAAAAAACACAACUCGAAAACAGACCUCUUGACUUUUGCGUGCAACCUGAACAAGUUAGCAUUGCGCCCCGGACAUGAGAGUGAAAGCUUUGUUUGGGACACCACUAGCCUUUAUCUCUUGAAUAGUCCAGAUAUUCUCACAAAUCUGUUGCUCUCGUCAUUGCAGGGAAAAACCGCCACCUUCGCUAUCGGUUGUCUUGCCGUUAUCGACCAGAGUGUUCAACAAUGUCAAGCCCUGAUCCUGGCCCCUACUCGUGAGUUGGCUUGCCAGAUUCAAAAGGUUGUCUUGGCUCUCGGUGACUACAUGGACAUUAAGGUACACGCUUGUGUUGGAGGUACAGCUGUCCGUGACGACAUUCGCACCCUCCAAAACGGUGUCCAUGUUGUUGUUGGAACACCCGGUCGUGUGAACGACAUGAUCACCCGACGUGCUCUUCGAUUGGACUCCAUGCGCCAAUUCUUUUUGGAUGAGGCCGAUGAGAUGCUUUCUCGUGGGUUCAAGGAGCAAAUCUACGACAUCUUCAAGUUCCUUCCCGAACAAGUCCAGGUCUGCCUUUUCUCUGCCACCAUGCCCUUGGACGUAUUGGAGGUCACCAACCGUUUCAUGCGCGAACCCGUUCGCAUUCUUGUCAAGAAGGACGAGUUGACCUUAGAAGGUAUUAAGCAAUUUUACAUUGCCGUUGACCGAGAAGAAUGGAAGCUCGAGACCUUGUGCGAUUUGUACGAGACUUUGACCAUUACCCAGGCCAUCAUCUACUGCAACACCCGACGCAAGGUCGACUGGUUGCAAGAAGAAAUGCAAAAGCGUGACUUCACCGUCUCGUGCAUGCACGGAGACAUGGAUCAGCGAGAGCGUGACAUCAUCAUGCGUGAAUUCCGUACCGGUUCCUCCCGUGUUUUGAUUACCACUGAUUUGCUCGCCCGUGGUAUCGAUGUUCAACAGGUUUCCCUGGUCAUCAACUUUGACCUUCCAACAAACCGAGAGAACUACAUUCACCGUAUCGGUCGUUCCGGACGUUUCGGUCGUAAGGGUGUGGCCAUCAACUUCCUCACGGAAGGAGAUGUCCGUUAUCUUCGUGAUAUCGAACAGUUUUACACCACUGAAAUUACCGAGAUGCCCAUGGACGUCGCUGAUCUUAUCUAAGCCGGUGCCGUCGGAAGAACAAAGCUUCUUAGUACGACGAUACUAGGGUGAAGGCGCGAUGCUCCUUUUUCGUCAAUUUUAUAUAACGAGAAAAAACUGUUACGUGAUAAAAAAUAAUUAUUUGGGACUUGAACUGAAUCGAUUGUUUCAAAAAAUAGGUUGUUCGGAAGAAUACAAUUUAGUUGGACGUCAAGACUACAGCGGCAGUACGAAGUAGACAUCAUGUUGUCAUCACCUGAGCUUCUGGCUCACAAGAUACGGCACGGCAUCUUCGCGUUCGAGAGGCAAACUUCCAGAAUCAUUAAUAGCAAUGCGUGCCGUCGGAGUUCCUCCCAGCGUUCCUUUCUCUUCCAUUGCUGUGAUCACGUCAACGCCAUCUAACACCAUACCGAAUAUUUCAUUCCUGCCGUCCAGCCAUUGAGUUUUGGCGGUAUUGAUGAACCAUUGUGAUCUGUUUGUAUUCGGUUUCCCCCUUCCAUCAUUGGCCAUGCUGAGCAUGUAUUUUCGAUUGUGCUUUACGGCAAAAGACUCAUCCUCAAAGGUGUUGCCCUCAAAAAUGCUUUCACCCCCCGUUCCAUCACCGUGCGUAUAGUCUCCCCCCUGGAUGAUAAAAUUCGGAAUGACGC